CUCUCUCUCCCCUCCACCCCAAUUCCCAUUGUACCUUCUUCAUCUCUUCUUUCUUUCUUUCUUUCCAAAAGAUAAAAUCUUUACCCUUCACACCCCAACCCCUUUUGGUUUCUCUUCUCAAUUUUGCAUCUGGGAAUCAGGCUGCUUCUCAGUUCACACCACCACCACCAUGGUUUCACUCGGAGCUACCUGUGCUUUGUGCUGUUCUGUGUUGAUUGUGUUUGUCACUUUGAGUUCGGCUGGGGACAUAGUGCACCCUGAUAGUAUUGCUCCCAGAAGGCCUGGCUGUGACAACAACUUUGUCCUGGUUAAAGUCCCUACUUGGAUUGAUGGUGUGGAAAGCUUUGAGUAUGUUGGCGUUGGUGCAAGAUUUGGCCCUACAUUAGAAUCAAAAGAAAAACAUGCUAACCAUACUAGAGUUGCGAUUGCGGACCCUCCUGAUUGUUGUAGCAAGCCUAAUAAUAAGCUCACUGGCGAGAUCAUUUUGGUGCACCGAGGACAGUGUAGUUUCACAAUCAAGGCAAAUAUAGCUGAAGAAGCUGGUGCUUCAGCCAUCCUCAUUAUAAAUUAUCGUACAGAACUUUUCAAGAUGGUUUGUGAAGCAAAUGAAACUGAUGUUGAUAUUGGAAUACCUGCUGUCAUGCUUCCACAAGAUGCUGGUGAAAACUUGAAAAAUCACAUACUAAACAAUUCAGUAGUGUCGGUGCAGUUGUAUUCUCCAUUGCGUCCAUUGGUUGAUGUUGCAGAAGUGUUUUUAUGGCUUAUGGCUGUUGGUACCAUUCUUUGUGCUUCUUACUGGUCUGCCUGGUCAGCAAGAGAGUCUGCCAUUGAGCAGGAGAAGCUAUUAAAGGAUGCUUCAGAUGAAUACGUAAAUGCAGAGAAUGCUGGUUCUAGUGCAUAUGUGGAAAUCAGUACUGCAGCAGCAAUAUCAUUUGUUGUGAUUGCUUCUUGUUUCUUGGUUAUGCUUUACAAAUUAAUGGCAUAUUGGUUUGUUGAAGUUCUGGUGGUUCUAUUUUGCAUUGGUGGGGUUGAGGGACUACAAACUUGCUUGGUGGCUCUGUUGUCAUGUUUCAAAUGGUUCCAGCAUGCUGCACAAACAUUUGUUAAAGUACCCUUCUUCGGUGCUGUAUCAUAUCUGACAGUUGCUGUUACUCCCUUCUGCAUUGUGUUUGCUGUGCUUUGGGGAAUUUAUCGCCGUGUAUCAUUUGCUUGGAUUGGUCAAGAUAUUCUUGGCAUCACAUUGAUAAUCACAGUUCUUCAGAUUGUGCGGAUACCAAAUCUCAAGGUUGGAACUGUUCUUCUCAGUUGUGCCUUCCUAUACGACAUCUUCUGGGUGUUUGUCUCUAAAUGGUGGUUCCAUGAGAGUGUGAUGAUAGUGGUAGCUCGAGGUGAUAGGAGUGGAGAAGAUGGUAUCCCUAUGCUACUCAAGAUACCACGUAUGUUUGAUCCUUGGGGUGGUUACAGCAUCAUUGGUUUUGGGGACAUCAUCUUACCAGGGCUUCUAGUAGCAUUUUCACUAAGGUAUGAUUGGUUGGCAAAGAAGAACCUUCGAGAUGGGUACUUCUUGUGGGCAAUGACCGCUUAUGGUUUAGGUCUCCUUAUCACAUACGUGGCUUUGAACUUAAUGGAUGGACAUGGUCAACCAGCUUUGCUUUAUAUAGUCCCAUUUACACUUGGAACCUUUCUGUCAUUGGGAAAGAAGAGAGGUGAACUCAAGGUUUUAUGGACAAGAGGGGAACCAAAAAUACCUUGCCCUCACAUCCAAGAGGAUCAAUCAACAAACCAGUAAUCCCCAGCAGGAAUAGCAUCCUAGGUGUUAGUUUACAGGAGACUUAUAGCAGCAAAUCUUGAAGACUUUGUAACAUCUGUAACUUUGUCAUAACCAAAUUUCGGCCAAAUGAUAUUAUAGCAUGUACUUAAAAUCAGCACCUGAGACUUGAGAUACCCCACAACUGUUGGAUGUUAGAGGACCCCAUGUCAAACUGUUUAUUGUAAGAAUAGAUCCUGUUCUAAUAGAAGAUGGACUGAGGUGAGGAGAUCCAAAAGAUUCCAUUUCCUGAUUCUGGCUUUGACUUGGGGACAUGAUUUUUAUAGUUACCUUUUACAACUUUGCUUCAGUGAGGCUCUGGCUAAAAUGAUGUAUUUAUCAAAGCAAGUGGCAAAAAGCCAAAUGACAUGCAUAGACAACUUUCAAUCAAUGGAUAGAAGACUGGAAAAUGAUGAUUUGAAACUUAAACUGUGAGAAGUUAGCUAAAUUAUUUUUUGGAAGAAUAUUCAUUGUAUGAAAUUAAUAAUGUAUCAAAUAUGCUUGCAGUGCUCAA